AUCGCGCGGACCGCCCUCCCCGCGCCACGUCCCAGCGCCGCCCGCCCGCCGCCCGCGCACCUGGGCGCCCGCCGCCUCCCGGCUUCCGCUCGGCCUCCGCGCCCGCACCGGCCUUCACUCUGGAGCGGCCCCGGCAGCCGCAGCAGGGCCGGCGGCGGCGGAUCGAGGAGCUCUCCAGGUCGUCCCGGGAGCGGCUGCUGCAGUCCCGGGACAGGAUGUUCUCCAAGUUCACCUCCAUCCUGCAGCACGCCGUGGAGGCGCUCGCACCCUCGCUUCCUUUACAAGAAGAUUUCGUUUAUCACUGGAAGGCAAUCACCCAUUACUACAUAGAGACUUCGGAUGACAAAGCCCCAGUGACAGAUACAAAUAUUCCAUCUCAUCUGGAACAGAUGUUAGAUAUAUUGGUACAAGAAGAAAAGGAACGAGAAUCUGGAGAGACGGGGCCAUGUAUGGAAUACUUGCUUCAUCACAAGAUCCUGGAAACAUUAUAUACCUUAGGGAAAGCUGAUUGUCCUCCAGGAAUGAAACAGCAGGUGCUGGGCUUCUACACCAAACUCCUGGGCAGAAUCAAGCAGCCGCUGCUUCCGCACAUCAACGUGCACAGGCCCGUGCAGAAAUUAAUUCGACUCUGUGGUGAAGUCCUUGCAACACCAACGGAAAAUGAAGAAAUUCAGUUUCUCUGUAUUGUGUGUGCAAAACUGAAGGAAGAUCCCUAUUUGGUUAAUUUUUUUCUGGAGAAUAAGUUGAAAUCGUUGGCUUCCAAAGGAGCAGCCAUUGUCCCUGCAGAAGACACGUUAAAAGGCCCAGAUGCCUUGUCCACAGACACGGGACAGCCCUGCCGGCCGGAGGAGCUGCCUGGCGCCGCCGGGACGGAGCAGCCAGAGUUAGACGAUGAGCCUCCUCCUCAGACGGACGACCUGUCCACGAGCCUGGAUAACCUCAGCGUCGCUUCACUGCCGGAGGCCACAGUCGUCCGCCCAAACCAGGAUUACAACCUCGUGAAUUCUUUGUUAAAUCUGACCAGAAGCCCUGAUGGCCGGAUCGCCGUGAAGGCCUGCGAGGGCCUCAUGUUGUUGGCGAGUUUGCCCGAGCCCAAGGCUGCCAAGUGCCUCACGCAGAGCACCUGCCUGUGCGAACUCCUGACCGACAGGCUCGCCGCCCUGUACAAGGCCCUCCCUCCGUCCGUGGACCCCUUAGAUAUUGAAACCGUGGAAGCAAUCAACUGGGGUUUGGACUCGUAUAGUCAUAAAGAAGAUGCAUCGGCAUUUCCGGGAAAACGAGCCUUAAUUUCAUUUCUUUCCUGGUUUGAUUAUUGUGAUCAACUCAUAAAAGAAGCACAAAAGACUACUGCUGUUGCUCUUGCCAAAGCCAUUCACGAAAGAUUUUUUAUUGGUGUUAUGGAACCUCAGUUAAUGCAAACUUCCGAGAUGGGUAUCCUGACGUCGACUGCUUUGCUUCAUCGCAUUGUUCGGCAAGUCACCUCCAACGUUUUGCUUCAAGAAAUGGUGUUUUUUAUCCUUGGGGAACAGAGGGAGCCAGAAACUCUGGCAGAAAUGAACAGACAUCCUUUAAGACACAGGUUAAUUGAACAUUGUGAUCACAUAUCUGAUGAGAUAAGCAUAAUGACUCUAAGGAUGUUUGAACAUCUUUUACAAAAACCCAAUGAGCACAUUCUUUACAACUUGGUCCUAAGAAAUCUUGAAGAAAGAAAUUAUACAGAAUAUAAACCCGUGUGUCCAGAAGAUAAAGAUGUGGUAGAGAACGGACAAAUAGCAGGAGCAGUAGAUCUGGAAGAAGAUCCAUUAUUUACUGACAUUUCACCAGAUAACACUUUGUCAAACCAAGAGUGGCUUAGUUCUUCACCGCCUGCUACUCCAGACCACCCCAAAAAUGAUGGGAAGACUGAAGUCCAUAAAAUUGUGAAUAGUUUUCUCUGUCUGGUACCGGAUGAAGCAAAAUCAUCCUACCAUGUUGAGGGCACUGGGUAUGACACCUACCUCCGAGAUGCUCAUCGGCAGUUCCGGGACUACUGUGCUAUCUGCUUAAGAUGGGAGUGGCCUGGGUCUCCAAAAGCCUUGGAAAAGUGCAAUUUAGAAGCCACUUUCUUUGAAGGUCAUUUUUUGAAAGUUUUAUUUGACAGAAUGGGAAGAAUUCUUGAUCAGCCGUACGACGUAAAUUUACAAGUGACCUCGGUGUUGUCUAGACUGUCUCUCUUCCCUCACCCACACAUCCACGAAUACCUUUUGGAUCCCUAUGUGAACCUUGCUUCUGGCUGCCGAUCCCUCUUCUCUGUCAUUGUCAGGGUCGUCGGAGACCUUAUGGUCAGAAUCCAGCGUAUUCAAGACUUUACUCCCAAGCUUCUACUAGUCAGAAAGCGAUUGCUUGGUUUGGAACCGGAAGGCCCUAUGGUGGACCACAUCACCUUGCUGGAGGGCGUGAUCGUGCUAGAAGAGUUUUGCAAGGAGCUGGCAGCCAUCGCAUUUGUGAAGUACCACGCUUCCUCCACCCCGUAAAGAGCCCCUCCCAGGAGGCGAAGCGAACAGAACUGCUGUGCACAUUUCAUCAAAAAAGGCUCCGUCCCACCUCCUGAAGAGAGGAUCAAGGCCCUUUUCAAUGAAGUAUUGCUGUAAACUGGACAGAAGCAUUUCGAACCCAUCGAGUGGGCAACUUCAGUACAAUGUUGUAUGAUAGUGUCUUCAUUGCUUUUUCAUAAAGGCUCCACACAUGGACGGUGCACAUCCCUGAAUCUGGGAUACAAUCCAAGGAACUUCAGGAAAGAAGCGUUUCCAAUGCCUGUGUGAAAAGCUGCAGAAGAUCUGAUGUCCUGCCUUUGAUGUUUCUGUUAUUUUAAUAUCCUUUUCGGUAGCAAGGCAUUGUGACAUCCUGUGGGACUCAGAUGCUUAUAUUCUUUUGGAUUAAUCAGUAGCAAAAAAAAAAAAAAACAACGAAUUUUUAUAACUUUUUAAGGUAAGAAUUCUUAUCAAACAAAAUAUGAAAAACUGUAAAUGAGAAAAAAAUACAAUUCAGGGACCAUCACAUGAGUUGAGUUAAUAAUAGGAGAUAAAACUGUGUAGAGAACCAUUAACUUCCUUCAGCUUUUCUAAGAAUAACAAUUUAAUAUGAUAAUAAAAUUCUUGAUUAAUAUAAUAUAUAUAUUUUUAAAGAAAUGUUCUUUUACUCUUGUGCACAUUGCCAUGUAGGUGGUUAAUGUUCAUGUAUGGGUCCCAGUUUAUUUAAACCGUGUCAUUUUGGCAACAAUACUGAGUUUGUGCUCACCAGUGGUAGUGCUUGCUAAAAUAGUAUUUUCUAAAGCUAAUUUACACCUAUUAGGUUGAGAACCUUUUUUUUUUUUUCUACCCCUCUUUGAAAAUUGUUUCAUAAAAUCACUUUAUAAUUUGAUUUCCGUACUGCAAUGCAUGGUCGUGUCUCGGUGGGGAACGGACUGAUAACUCUUAGAAUCAAAAUUCCAAUGGCCUCCCUAAUGUUUACAUUUAUUUUUUCAUUUUGUUCAGUCUUUUGUUUUAAAUUAUUCGAGGGAGAGAGUUAAAAACCAGACAGACAGACCAGUCUGUCCUGUUUACAUGGGAAAGGAUGUGGGGGAAUUGGGUAUGUAUGUGAGUGGGUGUGUACGUAGGAACUGGGGGUAGCUUGGCAGAGCUGUGCAGGCACCACGGGCUGGGAGUUAACUUACAAAAUGGUGUUUACUGAUCCACUCUCUAGUCCUCCUGUAAGGGAUGCUUAUCCCUCAGAUAUAUUGCUUCUAAGCGUUCUUCUUUAGUUGAAAGGUUAAGCAGCAGCACUUUCUUGUCUUUCUGUUUACUGAUAUUUGGGGAGCAGAUUAUCACAUUUCCGGCUUCCGAGGCCCUCCUGCUGCUGGGCCUUCUGAGAAGUUGUUUUCUGUAGUGUGUUUGCAUUUUCAUGGUGUGUGGCGUAGGCACAGAAGUAUGUUUUACGCCUACCCCUAAUUUUGCCGCGUUCGUUUUUCUGAUUUAUUGUAUCGUCAGUUUUUGCUAUUUAUUGUGAACAAAAUAUCAAAAGAUGAUGAAUAUUCUUGGCUCUAGAAUGCUUACCACCGGUAAAACAACAACAAAGAGACUGAAUUUCUAAUUCCAUGUGAAUCUCUGUUAGCUCCUUCCAAGGCAUUUAUUAAGCAAAACAGUGGAAAAACAAAAGUAGGAGGUAGUUACUUUGUGCGUGCUUUUCUUUAAGUGAUUUUUCAUGAUGGGAAAACAUCAUUAAGUUUGCUGUACUUAUUCAUUAGGCCAUGCAAGGAACUCAGCAACAUCUUCAGUUUUAGGUAUAGUUGCCCCCUACUUUGAUGUAGGUGUAUUUAAAACAAGGCAUUAUGAAAUAUCAGAUGUUUCCUCAUGUGCUCAUAGUGUUCAAUAGGUGUAAGAGCAAAGACGUGACCUCUCAGACCAAAUGCUAUUUUAUCUUUGAUUUCACAAUGGGACCCUAUAGCUAAUGCAUGAAACCAAGUUCUGAAAAGCUUUAACUCUUAUAUUUUUUAUAUGUAUGUAUGCUGCUUCUUAAAACAUUUUUCUAAGUUAUUGUAAUGACUUUGAUUUGUAGUCAACUAAAGCUUGAAGUAUAUUUUGUUUCUCUUCUCAGUUUCUUUCUUUCUCUCCUUCCCACUCUCUCUCGCUCUCCCUCUGUCUCUCCCUCUCUUUCUCUUUCUUUCUUUUAUUGAUCUCUAGUAGGGACCUAGAGCCAGCACAACUUCUCACAGUGAGUUGGAUCUGUUAGCGAAACAUUGUACUACAUUGCUAGUCUUUUUGUACUGUCAUUCAGAAGCUGAACCUUUCUGUUACUUGGGUACUUGCAAAAUAGUGACCGAAAUGUACUGUGUUGGGUAGAAAGUACCAUCUUAACAACGGAUUGCCCUAAGCAAGUUCCAAACCAAAUUUUAGCCUUGCUUCACAUUGGUAUAAAUAGCUAUGCCCAUUUUUAAAAAAUCUUUCUCUCUAACAGUAGUCUUUGUGGUUAUUUUUAGUAAUGAGCCAUGUUUCUUUACUUGCUAGAACUCAGACUUGUCUUUAGCUGAUUAUCAUUGUAGUACUCACAUUAUAACUGUGUAAUGUUCUCGUAAGAUAUCUGUCUGUGCAAUAUGGAAGCUAUGAGUGGAUUCAUAGCUUUUUUGGUUUAAUUGUACAUCAUUGUGUGUGUACAUGUGUACAUAUAUGUAUAUAUAUAUAAGGACCAAAAUCCUUAGCUUGCUUACACUGUUGCUAGUGUAAAGAUUGUUACACUUAAUUUUACAGGGCACAAAUUAUGGGAAUUACCUUCAUAGUCCAUGGUAAUAUACUUCCAUAAAUUAUUGCAUUGAUAUACAAUUACCAAUUUAAUUAUCAAGUUCAUAGGUAUUGACAGAAGUUACAGUGAAGUGCUCAAACCACAAAUUAUGUGGUAAUUAUAUUUUGGGUUGUUUAAUUAAUCAAAAUAUGCAUGUCAUUGUGACACUUGAUGUGUUAAAACAUGAUAGAUAAUCAUAUUUCUGGGCCCUGUAAAAUAGUGUCACUGUAAUACUCUGUUUGCCUCCUGCCUUGUUUACAUUAAACAAAGGACAUUUGGUAAAUUUUCCUAUUGAACAUUGUGUAGGUUACUGACAGUGUUACCACGGCCUGAGAUUCUUGGGCCAUCUAUGAAGAAACUUCAGAUGGUGAUUGUGUACCUACUAUCUCUUUAAAGGAAGUUGUGGUCAAGUCCAACUUUUUGUGCUAACAAUGCAUGCAGGACUAAGAGGGAUGAUCUAAAAAUAAAUCAUGUAAUUUAAACAAAAUGUCUUGUAUUCUUAUAGACUUCUAAUUGGAAACAUGUUUAUUCACCGGUAAGUUGAGAACAAUAAUUCCUAACACACAAAAGGGUAUGGCACACAACGAUCAAUGGGUCACUAUAGCAUCGACUUCAGAGAGAG